AUGACGACGUCCGAGUCUGCAAAUUCCGUCUCUCAAGUCCCCGAAAACUGUCGAGCUCCCAAUAAUCCUAUCCUUGCGUUGGCGUUCAAAAUAUUGUGCAUUAUUGCAGUCUCUCGGGAGUCUCUCGACCAUUGGAAAGAUACAAAGAACAAAGACUGGAAGGAACAUGUCUCAAUUAUGGUCAAUCGAUUCCAGAACACAAACGUCACUGCCGGGCUCGUACUCGCAACUACUACUCUAUUCCUGUCGUCACCACCUCCUGAGGAGCAUUUGAUGGCUUAUAACUCUUCAAUCUCGUACAUCUUCGCCAUGGUUUCAUUUGAUGCUGCAUUGCUCAGCGUGAUAUCUGGAUCUGCUGUGCUUGUUAUCUAUGAAACUAGUACCGCUCACAAAGACAUGGAAACCCUCAAGCACAUGCCACGAUACCAAAUCAUCGCGCUGCUCGUAUGGUUAGCAUACCCCUCGAUCUGUCUGUCAGUCGCUACUUGCUUUUUGUUUGUGGCUAUCUUUAUCGCCUGCUUUGGGUCUGACAAUAUCGUUGUCAACAUCAUAACUAUCUUGGCUUGUGUGGCCUUCCUUUCAAACGGAGCCCUUACGCUCUACGUUUUUGCCGUUGUGGGCAGAAAGCCGGCCGGUGAUAAAAAAACCUCGCCCACAAAAGUUAUCGACAGGCAUCAUGCUAUAUGGUUGAUCGAAGCAUUGGCUGCGCUGCGAGCCAAAGGGGGUGACUUUAGCACGAUCCUGGACAAGACGACAAUGUCCACCCGUGUGGACAGCGCACAUUUAGUGACCUCAAUCUACCCAGCAAGGAGUGAUUGUGACGAGACAUCAUCGCUCCUUGAGGGCAAGACUGCCAAUCGUGUUCGAGAGAUCUUGGAACGGGCGGCUCAGCGCUUAUUUUCUGACGACGUAGGGCUUUACCCACAAUAUCGGACGCGUUUUUACGUGGGUGUGCUACCCCCACUUGCACGUAUUGUGCGCAACAUGAGUGAGGCAGAAGUGAGCUUACCCCCGCAGCUGGAUAGUGCCACGAUAGAACCUAGGCUAUCGUCACGAUUAGCGCAGGCAUGGCACGUGCAUAGUAUUCGGCUUGCAGGACAUACUAUAUACCAACCUCAAUGCAGGUUUGUGGAACAGACUGCAAGGACGCGAAGGAGUAAUGGUGUGCUUAUGAACAUGGGACUGGAGAGCGAUGACGUGAAAGAGCUUGCUAGUGCGUUGUGGUCAUGGGAGCUCAUCAACGGGUACGGGAAUGGCUGA